CAACACAAAUUAAAAAUUCUCCUUUUCUGUCCGCUCAGAGAAAAUCCUGAUCGGAUUGAAGGAAAAUUGGUGGCAAUUAAUCCUCCGGGAUUGAGCGGAGAGAAGAGGGAAACUCCUCCCGCCGCGGCUCUCACUUCUGAUUGGAUGCUGCUGUGAGAUUGGAGUCCGAUAAAUGUGUCCCGCCGCCCGGACUGUCCCGGUCUGUCCAUCAUCCUCCUCAUCCUCACCUCAGAGGGACUAUAGCUCGGCCUCCUGAUGAGCAGUUUGACGGGUCGGGAGGAAGUCGGCGAAGAGAAGCCCAAAGUGAAGAUGUUAUCUCCGGGAUUUGGGAUCGACAAGUCCCGGCUGCACGGCUCCGGGUUCCGGUCCAAAGGCUUUGCCAUCACCGACCUGCUGGGCCUGGAGUCGGACCUGCAGGCGCGGCAGCAGUCCGGCGGGCCCGCGGGUUCGGGCCUGUCGGCGGCGGGCUCCGGGCCCGGGGCGGAGCCGCAGGGGGGCAGCGGCGGCCUCGGUGGCUUCUCCUUCCCGGGCGGGUCGCUGCCGCUGGGCCUCGGCUUCCUGUGCAGCCUGGCGGCGCAGCAGCCCGCCGGGGCGCCCUGCUUCCUGCCGGGCCACCUGCCGCUGCUGCAGGCCCGGGCCGACAGCCACUACCUGCAGAACCUGGAGGCCCAGAGGGACGCCUACUCCGAUGAAGAAAGUCUGUCCGACCGCAACGAGUCCAAAAGCUCGGCCAGCUCUCAGAAGAGGAAGAAGAGGAGGCACAGGACGGUGUUCACGUCCCACCAGCUGGAGGAGCUGGAGAAAGCUUUCCACGAAGCUCAUUACCCCGACGUCUACGCCCGAGAGAUGCUCGCCAUGAAGACGGAGCUGCCCGAGGACAGAAUCCAGGUGUGGUUUCAAAACCGGCGGGCAAAGUGGCGGAAGCGUGAGAAGUGCUGGGGUCGCAGCAGCGUCAUGGCGGAGUAUGGUCUGUACGGUGCCAUGGUGCGACACUCCAUCCCGCUGCCAGAGUCCAUCCUCAACUCCGCCAAGAACGGCAUGAUGGGAUCCUGCGCCCCCUGGCUGCUCGGUGAGCCGCAUGCACGGAUGCACAAAAAGUCUUUGGAAAUGUCAAAAAAGUGUACCAGCCCUGCAGAGUCGGACUCGACGCACUGUGACUCGUUCUGCGACUCCUCGGAGCGACGGGGUGGCGGCGAGGCUCGGGAGGAGGCGCGUGAGAUGGUUCGCGAGGAGGAGGAGGAGCUGCUGGAGAUGGAGGAGGAGGAGGUGGCCAUCGACCUGUCCAGCUCCUCCAAACAGCAGCAGCAAGAACCUGGAGGUUCAGCGAAGUCUGCCUCCUCGCCACGGCAGCAGAGCGGCGGGGAGUCGGACGAACACAGCUGAAGGCUGGAGGACAGGUCAGACGUUGUCUGACUGACGAUGACGGCGGCUGUGUGACAAUGGCAAUGGAAGUACAGGAAUUUGAUUGGCUCUUCUUUCAGGGAUCACCAACAAGUGAACAGCCAAUGAGUGAACAGCCCUUAGGCCCACAUCAUUUGUUACUGUGCAAAUUACCCCAUAAAGCUUCAGGGGAAACAGCUAAAUGCUACUGUGUGUUAGUGCGCUAAAAUAUUUAGCCUCUGCAUGCUGUUUUCUUAUGAUAACAAAGCUAACAUUAAGGCAAUACUAUUUUAACAUUUGCACCACGCUAGCAUUCAGCAGUAUGCUAUAAUAUAAUCCAUCUGACAAUAUUUAUGUUCACAAGAUCAUCAUUAACAAAUAUGCUUAUAAAUAUAAACUAAUAAUGAAUAAAUCAUUACCAACAGUGCUUUUAGCAAGCAAGGCUACUAAACAUUUUGAAUCACUUAUAACAAUAUGCUAUCAUGCUAACAAAACUUUAAUAUUAAUGAAAUUGCUAAGUAUUUGAGUGUUUGUUUUUUAGCAUGUGGUAGCAGCACUGUGAAAAACACAAAAGAAUCAUGGCCUCAGUUUUAAAUUUUAUUUGCAAUGUCUGUGCUAAUAUGCUCUAUGCUAAAUAGCCUAUGGUUACUAUUUUACCAUGGCAACAUUUACUGUUUAUUUAUAAGAUGUAGCCUAACAACAGACCACUGGUACGUU